CCGUCGUUCAUGGCCGAGACACACAUUCCUUACCCCCCACCCAGUCGCCCCCAACAAUCAGCAGCCACCAUGUCCGACGAUAAGAAGCCCGACGUCGACGACGAGGUGCAGGAGGAGACGGUGGCCAAGUCGGCCGAGGACCGCAAGGCGGCGGCGGCCAUGGCGUCGCUGGACGCGACGGGCGGCGACGACGACGCCUCGGCCUCGGCCGUCGACCGCGACGCCGUCAACAAGGCCAUGGGCCGCCUCGCCGGCGGCGCCACCGAGGAGAAGAAGGAAGUCAAGAAGGUCAAGGUCGACGCCGCCGACGUGGCUCUCUUGGUCGAAGAGCUGGAGCUGUCAAAAGCAAAGGCCACCGAGCUGCUCAAGCAGCACGACGGCGAUGCGGUCACGGCCAUGCGGGCGCACAUUGCGGUUUCGGUAGCAUAGCGCGACGGACCACAAGCGAUACGAAGGAGUGCACGUUUGCCCGUAUAAAAGACGAACGAACGCGCAGCGCCUGGAAUAUAAAUACACAUUGCGGUGCCUAUACAGCCUGUGCAGUACCCCGGAAGGGGGUCUGUUUGGAAAGGAGGGCCCAAGACUGGGUGUCUCUGAUAGCGAAGAGCAAAGUGCAGACGAGCAAUACGACAAGAUGAUGGAAUCAACGUAUAUGUCUAGCGGCCCACCUGACUGCCCAGGUAGAUAGACAAAGACACCAAUCAAUACAGUCACCGACCAAACCCGGAUCCCAGGGCAUAACUGGGCAGGUCGUCGACCGGAUCGCGGAGCCGCGCCGCAUAGAU